CCUGUAACCAUGGCACGCAUGGACAUCUCCGGUCCCGAGUGGGCGGAGCCGAUGUGCGUAAAUCCUUGGCAGCCCAAAACGACGUCAAUCCACACUUUUGUACCCCACGCGCAUAGGAUGCAAUUUCUUUUGCCUCGAUCUUGAAAGCACCCUUAUUCUUUGUACAAUAUAGUUUUGAUAAUAAAUUGAGUCCCCACGAACAACUUCAUUCCUGGUCGGCAACAUAUUCACAAUCGCUUUCAGCUCGAGCUGACCGGCCCUCAUCUUCGAGAUGGAAACCCCACUCACAACGCCCUCACACAAGAUCGAAGCCCUCGCAACCCUCUCCCCACCCUCAAAUUCCCGCACAUGGCAGACCGCACCACAUCCAAGCCUGCCGUUGGUCGCGACCGCAUGCUCUGAUCGUACCGUUCGAGUGUACAGCCUCACGUCAUUCACGUUACUCCACUCCGUCGCUGGUGGGCACAAGCGGAGCGUCCGGGCGGUCAGUUGGAAGCCUCACACCGCGGGGCAAAGCGUGCUCGCCACGGGCAGUUUCGAUGCCAGUGCGGGAAUUUGGAGACGGGAAGAGCGGGGCUUGGAAGAAGAUUACACGAAUAGACGAGUGGGAGGUGACGAGGAUGACGAAGAGGAGGAUGACGCCGACGAUUACCAAUUCUCCUGCAUUCUAGACGGCCACGAAUCGGAGAUCAAGUCUCUUUCUUGGUCACCCUCAGGACAAUACCUGGCGACAUGUUCGAGGGACAAAUCGGUGUGGAUCUGGGAAGAGUUGGAGGAUGACAAUUUCGAGACCGUGGCCGUACUGCAGGAACAUGAUGGAGAUGUCAAAUGUGUAGCGUGGCACCCUGAAGAAGAUCUGCUGGCCAGUGCGAGCUAUGACGAUACUGUAAGAUUGUACAGAGAAGAUGCGGAUGAUUGGGUUCAAGUGUCUCUUAUCAGUGGGCAUCCGCAGACUGUCUGGUGGGUGCAAUUCGAAGGCAGUGGCAUGUCGAAGAAGGAUUUUCGCCAGGCAGGAAGUAACGGCAAUGAAGAAAGGUCACGGCACAUAGAUUUACUAGAGCGAUCAGGCCCGCGAUUGGCAACGUGCUCAGAUGAUUGCACAGUGCGGGUAUGGCGUCGAAUACCUAAAGACACAACAGGACAAGGUUCCUUAAAUGCGGGAAUUCCCAGCAUAAUUCGUUCCUUUUCCGUGGACGAGGCAUGGAUACAGGAGGCAAUUCUCCCGAAACGCCACGACAGAGCUGUCUACUCUGUCUCCUGGAGCCAAAGGACAGGCAUGAUUGUGAGCGCAGGCAGUGAUGGGAAGAUCGUGGUAUACAGAGAGCGUUGGAAGGAUCAGACAAAUGGAAUUACGACUACAGGCGAGGUAGAUAACCCGACAACUCAAGAUGCUGAGUUCUCGCCGACCGAAUGGGUUGUUGUCGCAGAGUUAUUCUCAGCACACGAUGUCUUCGAGAUCAACCAUGUGUGUUGGGCGAAAAGAAGUGACAAGGGACGGCGCAGUGAGGAUGAAGAGGUUAUCGUCAGCACAGGCGAUGAUGGUGAAGUCAGGGUAUGGACUGUAUCAGAAGAAGGCGUGUAGUUGUGAUAUAUCGCCAGCUUUGAGCAUAUCAAUCCAUUGCACAUAUCGCAAGUAAGCCAGGGAACGAGAUCGCUACACUGUUUGGUGUCCCGUGACGAUGUGUUACAGAGAAGUUCAAAACAUGAUAGCUGGUAAUCUGAUGCUAUCAUAGUAAGACAAGACCUGGAAAG